UACAAUGAUAUUUUCGUUCAGCAUCUAGCAACACAUCUUUGAUCUUCUACAUACAUGCCUUCUUCGUGAAAUUAUUAACACAGUGACAUGUUGUCAAAUGGUCUAUCGUACUAUUUAUAAUCCUCUAUUUUCAUUUGGGUGUUAUAAAACCUAUUUUUUGGUGGUCUUAAUAUAGUGCCCAUCCAAUACCUUUUGCUCCGGGUUAUCCACAUCUUAGUUAUUACAUUUAUUGGCAUAGCAAUCAUUUGAUAGAAUUGGAAUAAUAAUUUGAUAGAAUUCCCUAUUUGACACUGGAAAAAUACUCGUUCCUUUCUUGGCCCUCAAAAAAUUUUCGUUCCCUAUUUGACACUGAGUUCAAUUUUCAUUCCCUAUAUGACACUGUUACAUUUUCCAUCCGUGAACCGUUAAAUGCCCUAUGAAAAGAUGAUUUUGCCCCUACGUGUCCUACCACCCUUCUUCCUCCUCUCCUCUCCUUCUUCCUCCUAUGCUCCACACCGGGCCCUUCUCCCACCCCCCGGCCGCACCUCCCCCAUUGCUCCACACCGCCGCCCUCCGUCUGGCCACACCUUCCCCGUUCCUCCUCGUUGCCGCAGGGGUCGGCCGCACCCCUCCACGUCCAGGUCAUAGCAAUCGAAGGGUUAGUACUAGCUGGAUCCAGACAUGGAGGUAGCGGGGGUUGUCGCGGUAGCGCAGGUCAUCCUGUAACUCCUGGGCGAACUUCUGGAGGAACCUGGGCAGCUUCUCUUGUAGCAUCGGCGGCGGUAGCGCCCGCUCCAUCUUCCGCAUCCCCCUAGUGAACAAUAGGGAACGGGCGGCGGAUCAAUCGAUCAAUCGACAAAGGGAACGGUGGAUGAUGGUGGUGCCGUAUCGGAGCCAUGGGCGGAGGGGGUCGGAUCCGGAGUAGCUUCGGAUGUCGGCCACCACCGACGAGAGGAGCUCCUUCUCUUGCUCCGUGUCUGCGACAGCCAUGGCUCCGAUUGGAUUCUGCUGGCGGCGGCCUGCCGACAAUACGAGUUGGUAUGCUCCUCGGGGACGUCCGCGCGGCACGCGGUGACGACCGCCUUGAGGGCCGCGAACGCAUCCUCAUAGGCGGCAAGGAGACGGUGCCUUGCGAGGUGGUAAUCAGCGGAGAAUGAGGGAACAACGAGGGAUAUUUCGCGGUUUCAGGUUUCAUUAGCAUGGACUAUGGCCUGCCGGGGAUGGUGAACUUCGUGGACGGUGCCACCAAGCUGUCGUACGCCCCGGACGUCGCCUUCACCGACGCCGGCCUGAACGAGAACAUCUCGGUGGAGUACGUCACGCCGACUCUCGCCAAGCGCUACCUCAACGUGCACAGCUUCCCGGACGGCGAGCACAACUGCUACACGCUCCGGUCCCUCAUGGCGGGGCUCAAGUACCUCCUUCGUGCCGAGUUUAGGUACGGCAACUACAACGGCCUCAACAGGCCGCCCAUCUUCAACCUCUACGCCGGUGUCAACUUCUGGAGUAGGGUGAACGUCUUGAGCCCGGACAGCCUGGAGAGGUUGGAGGCCAUCGUCGUGGUGCCGGACGACUACGUGCAGGUUUGCCUGGUGAACACCGGUUCCGGGACGCUGUUCAUCUCCGCGCUGGAGCUCAGGCCGCUCAAGAGCUCGCUCUAUGAGCAAGCGAACGCGACGUAGGGGAAAGCCAAGCUUGAGGAAGCGGCUGUGGAUCGGGAGCCGGAGGAGCAAGGCAGCGAGCGCGUCGAAGAGGAGAGCUAAGCAGAGCACCCGUCGCCACAGAUCGGGCAUCUUCUGCAGCUUUUCUUCCUGUGGUUGGUAGAAGUCAGCGUGAAGGAGAAAGAAGGGUGGUGGGACCCACAGGGGCAACAUUAUCUUUUCACAGGGCAUUUAACGGUUCACGGAUUGGAAAUGUAACAAAGUGUCAUAUAAGGAAUGAAAAUUGAACUCGGUGUCAAAUAGGGAAUGGAAAUUUUUUGAGGGCCAAAAAAGGAACGAGUAUUUUUUCCAGUGUCAAAUAGGGAAUUCUCUCAUUUUUUAGAGCUCAUGUGAAAUAGCUGUGAUCGACAUGGUGGGCAGUGGCAGAGGCGACGGAGAAGGCCACAGACAAGGUCGCUGCCCCAUCGAUGAAAAUCUCAAGGAGGCUGCCUCGAAGAUUAAGGCGGUCACCGAUGCGAUGGAGGAAGAUACUGAGAAAGCCGAGGCUCUGAUCCAGAAGGUUAGUUUAAUUUCACAGAACCUUAGGCUUCGAUUGCGUACGGCAGCCUACUGAUGUUGCUAUUACUUAAAGCUCAUGGUACAGUCUUGCAAGUUAUUACUACCUGCUGUUCUUUGCCAUGUUUGGUAGUUGAAGAUACAUUCUGAUCAGGUUGUAGUCUGCCUAGCAACUUGUGAUAGUGACUUGCACCUUGCACAUUUAAGCAUGGGUUAUUACAGUUCAAAAGAGAAAAGGGAAAUGAGGUGUUGGGUUAUGACUUGUAAAGGAAGUAGAAUGGAUACAAUAAGCUCAUUUUGUUAUUGCAUUUUACUGUUGCCCUGAAAACUCUGUCCUUUCUUUGAUAGCAGCACAUUUAAUUAGUCACUGUCUGAAAUAAAUUAGCAUGAUGAGUAGCUAGGUAUGAGAUCAUGAUUUUAUUGAAACCACGGAUAUUAUUUGAUUGUGUAGGCAGGAAAAUGAAUUGCCAAUUCCUUUUAUAAAUAAAAAAAUUAUAGAUCUGGUAGAAAACUAAAAUAACUCUAUAAUCUGUUUUGUGUCAUCCAAUUGCGAAUAUUGGUAGCAUAUUGUACUUGUUCAUGGAUAGGUUUUAUUGAAGGUCUGUAGUAAUAUGAUGAGGCAUCUUAUCCUAAGUUGUGAGGAGAGGUUGGCGACGGGAAGACGCAGCAAAGGAGGUUGCCGCUAGCUGCUAGCAGCACGCCAGCACGGGGCUCUGCCACUACCAGCGAAGUUGACAGAUGAAGUUCCAGAAAAAAUCGAGUCUAUGCAUUCCUGGAGGUGUGGCAAGUCUAUCGCAAAAUAUGUGUUUGAUAUGGUUUCCUUUGUGGAGCUCUCUUCUUGGGAACAACAGGAGUACUUUGUUGAUACCAUCGGCGUUAUUGUUGGUUAGUUUCUCCUACUGCAGGUUGCUACUCAGUGCCUGUAAGUCAGAUUUUGUUGCAUCUCCAUGAUUUUUGCACCGUGUCCAUGGAACAUGAAAGCACAUAGCAUCUUGGAGGUGUUGUCCCUGAUCCCAAACAAUCUAAACAAUUCCUGAAGUAAUUAACCAAGAUUAGAAACAUGGAAAUAAUAACUAAUUUUCUUCUAAUUUGUUUUCAUUCAUCUGUUUUUCUUGUAACCAGGAUAAAAUAGAAAUAUUUCAUUACUUAAGGUGACAAGGUUAGACAACUAUUAUUCUACAUAUUGUGUGUGCAUCUGAAAGUCUAAAUUGCUCUUAAUUUACCUAAGAGGCAUAUAGAAAAUUAUGUGUGCUGUUCAUAACUAAAAAGAUGCGUUGAUAUGUAUUCAUUAUUCAUAAAAGUGCAGUUAUUUGGAGCAUAAGUGAACUGGGCUAAUGGACCAUCCUCCUCGACAAAGUUGAGGUGCCGUAUGCACUUGUGAUGGCAAGUCCAGCUUGCCAUCAAAUAUCGAGUCUAUGUUUUGUUUGCGGCGAUGUAAAGCCCUGGUCCUUGUGAUCGGUGCAUUGAAAAGUUCAUUAGCAAAAUCUUAGCUUUGUAUACUAUUUAUUGUUUUGGCUAGCAUGCAAGCAGUAUAGGACAAGGUGUGUAAGAGUUAAUACUGAACUGUCUUGGCUUCUUAUGUGCUUAUUCAGUUUUAUUCUGAAGAGUGGAUUUCAAGGCGGGAGAUAACUGGAGCUUACCCAGGCACCUGCAGCUCACGGGGCGUGCCGAUGUGGGUCAACUCUUAAUUAGCAACCGUUGUUUGAAUGUUCCUACUGUCAUGUGUGUCUUGAAAUAUUUAAUUAUGUUUCUUGCCUUUGUGCCAUGGUUGAACUCUUUUUCCAUAAAAUUAAGUUAAUAUUAA